CCACAGUGAAACAAAUAAAUAGCGACCGCUGAUCACCCACCCGAGCCACCCCUCAGCACUCAACCGUAACCCAACAUCAACAAAACUGUACUGCAUAAAAACAUGUCUAUCUUUGACGCUCGAGCAAACAAUACCCCCUGUCAAAAUUGUGAAUAUCCCUCUGCUGCCUACAGUGACUCAUUUGAUAGUUUGCAAGGGACUUAAAAGACCAAGCAAGGCAGCGAGGGAGCAAGAAACCCCCCACUUUUGCAUCACUCUGGACCUAUAAGACGGCGCUGCUGCCUUCGAUAACACCUGGAUUCCAGGUUCGCCACCGCAGCGACGCGACGCGUGACCUCGCGAUUUCUCCCGACUCCUCUCCCUGUCUGUCGCCGAAUAUCUCAGGUAUAACAUCGGGCCAGCCACCCGAGUUUUCGUCUUGGGGGGGAUUCUCAACCGGACAUUGUCCCACCAGUUCCGGGCCGGCACAUCCGCAACAUCGGCAAUCACAACAUGGCGAGGACAACACGAUCCUCGGUGAAGCGGGAGUUCCCGCCCGAGAGCUCAUGGCGCAUGGUGGAGGGCGGGGAGAACGACAGCUUCGACACGUCGAUACUACACGACGACGACGACUUCAUCGGCUCGAGCGGCUCGCAGCCGGUCGGGUCGCAGUCCUUCAGCAUCGGCGGGUCGCAGCCGUGGAGCAUAGGGGGCUCGCAGGACGACAGCAUCGAGAACUUCCUCAGCAAGGCCGAGGACGACGAGCAGGUCCUCCUGAGGUCGCCGUUCCGCCCCUCCGUCCCCAAGGCCGUGCGGGAGAGCUCCCGCGAGAACUUGAGGCAGCGCUCGCCAGAGCCCGAGCCCGAGUUCUACAUGCCCAAGGUCGAUGUUGCCAGCCCCCGGCGGGCGAGCACCCGGUCAUCCACCACCAUUAGAGCUUCGGUCCCGCCACCGUCCCCGCCUCGAGUCAGACGCCGCCAAGCAGCGGCUCCAGCGAGUCCUGCCAAGGGGCGGCGUGUGAGGGAGGAUGAGAAGACGUCCCGGGGUGAGCGGGCGGCGUUGGGCGAGGGCAGCAGGGCGUCGACAUCGCUGUUUACUGCGUUGUUUAAUGCUGUGAGCUGGGCGCUCGAGGUGGUAGGGCUCGCGUUGCGCUACGCGAAGAAGCCGCUGGCGAUCCUGGUGUCGUUAUACAUCACAUUCGGCGGUGUUAUUGUGCUGCAGAACAUGGCGAGCAAGUCGAUCUACAUGUCGCUCUCCCCGAUCUGCCGCAUCCCAGGGGUGUCGUGGAUGGACCUGCCGUUUUGCCCGGAACUCAAACCAGCGGAAGGGGGUAGGAAAGGGGACGGGCAGCCGAUCAGGUUCGACGGGCUGAUGCACGCCCAGGACAAGUUCCAGCGAGUGGCGGAGAUGGCGGCGGACGGCCUGUCGCUGCCCAUGGAAAUGAAGCGCUCGGAAUCCUCGAUCCGCGACCUGCGCACCGUGGUCCGCUACAGCUCGCUCAUGAGCAAGGAAGAGCUCAUUUUGGAGUUCGACGGGUUCAUCGACACGGCGCAAACGGUGACGAGCGUCCUGCAGCGGUUCAACACGCGCGUCAGCUCGACCGUCGACUGGGUCAUCAGCAUCACCCGGUGGACGUCGCGCAACCUCGAGCCGUUCGACAAGAGCAGCAACCGCGACGACCAAAGCGGCGUCGCCGGCCUCAUCGGCGCCUGGACCGACUGGCUCCUCUCCCCGUUCCAACCCACCCUCCUGUCGGAGCGGUACCUGCUCGACCGGUACAUCGAGCACACGGAGCUGGUGUCGGACAAGGUGGCGCGGCUGAUCCUGGAGGCGCGCGAGGUGCUGCACUCGCUCGCGCGGGCGGAGGAGCACCUGGACGCCAUCUACAACUUCGUGACGCGCACGCACAAGACGGUGCAGGGCCGCAAGGACGACAUCCUCUGGACGCUGUGGACGCUGGUCGGCGCCAACAACCGCCGCCUCUCCAACUACAACAGCCAGCUCGCCCUGCUCAAGCAGGUCGACGGCCAGCGCUCCGGCGCCGUCCGCCUCGUCAACGAGCUCAUCGUCGAGCUCGAGAAGAUCCAGGCGAGUCUGGGUGACCUGAAGGGCCGCGUCUCUGAGCCCGGCUUGCUGCGGGACCAGGCCGAGAUCCCGCUCAGCGUGCACAUCGAGACGAUCAACAGGGGCGUUGAGAGGCUGGAGGAGGCGCGGGGCAGGAUACGGUCGAUUGAGGACGAGCGGAUCAAAGAGGUUUUGGCGAGGGGGAAGGGGGAGGAGAAGUUGAUUGAUGCUUAGACUCGGGCUGUUACUGGACAUGGGACGGCGUUGGACUAGAUACCUACGGCACAUGUAUCUCUGGGUGUGUUUAUUUUGGGUUGGUUAUUUGGCAAGGCAUCAUCUGUACAUCUUGUCUAUUUUAGGUUGGUCUUGGAGAUAUUUGGCUGGCGUUGGAGGAAGCAUAGGAAACUGAAGCCUAGGUAAUUGUAAUUACUGGCUUGGAACAUGCACUGAUCUACUGGUAAGGUCCAUGCCUCCCGGGCCCGUACU